UCACCAUUGACAAGGAGCAGAUUAAGAUACAUCUAAGCUCGGAGAGAAAAUCGGAGGCAACUGAUGGAGGCCUUCCAGGUGUUGACGGUCUAUCUGAAGUUGAAGAUCCCCAGAGUGAAGGACCCAGUGCAUCAUGUGGUAUUGAAGUUCAGGAAGAGGAGGUUGAAGAUAUGUAAGCCCAAUGUUGUUGUUGUGGAGAAUAUCUCAGAAGACAUGACCAAAGACGUUCUGGGACUGAUAGUGGAGAACAUUAGUGCCGUUUCUGAGGAUGAAUACACUAUGGAGCUGAUCUAUGAGUCCCAUGCUGCUGUUGUGACAUUCAUUCACCCUGAUAAUGUGGAGACAUUUCUGACAGAAGCCAAGCUCAGCAAAAAAUUCCAGCAGUACGGUCUGACUGCCCAGCUCCUGGAAAGACCCUGCAGUUUGAGGAUGGAAGGUCUGCCUCCUCAGGCUGACAAAGAUCUUCUGCAUCUCUAUUAUGUUAUUACUAUGUUAAGGAAACAGCACACAAUCUGCAAAGUUGAAAUCAGCAUGUAUCCAUACUAUGAGUCACUUGGCACGGCCUUAUAUGGUAAAGACAGACCAAGAUGGAAGAUUCCAGGUUCAUUCAGAGUACCAGCCAAUGAAGCAACAGAUAUAACACCAUCUGACAAGACUGAAGUGUAA